AUGACAGUCCCAGAACCAAGUAGUUCCAGGAAACACGAGCGAAAGAAAACAAAUUUCAAAGGUAUAAAACAGGUCUUAAAUGCGGAAUCUCAAAUAAGCUACUCGCCGGAUGCCGUUCUUUAUCAUCAUCUGAGUGCACCUCCACGAAUUUGUCCACCUAUGAAAGUUUCCGAUUUAAGUGGGAUACCAACUACAUAUACAGACCCAUCGACCAAACUAAAUUAUGCAACUUCUUCUGAGUUCCGAAGAAUACGCUAUUUACCUCAAUAUGUUGUUAACGGGUACUUGGCUUUGAGAGGAGUAUCCAAUAUUUAA